CCCACCCCAGCCAAGAGUGGGGGGAGAGAAGCAGCUUUUUUAUAAAUAGCUCCGUUCCUGUUGUAUUUGUAAAUUUGGUGCUUUUUGUGUCAGUGACAUCACCCUCUUCUCCAUGGCAACCCCCUCUGAUAGCAAAACUGCAGGGCACUGCCAGAGGAACUCAAACCAGCACAUGAACAGGUUGAAUUGAGAUGAGUUAAUUGAGAAAUAGUGCAGGGGCAACAGGAGGGGGUGGGAAACAGCAGCGAGGAGGUUCCUGCCAGCUCUGCUGCCCUGGAAAACUGUCCCCUGGAAUGGCUGUUUCCCAAAGCUCUGCCCCAUCUCCUCUUUGUGUAAGUCCCUGUCAGGAGGAGGCAGGUGGAAGGCAGGCAGGCAUCUUAUUCCCCAUCUCCUGUGUGUCUGGAGAGCAGCACUACAGGUGACUAAGCAGGAGGAGCAUGGUUGACUCACUCCUGAGUUAUUUUCUCACUCCUGUUCUCUUCCCCCUCCCAUCUUUUCUGUUUGUUUUUUAGCCUUCACCGGACAGUUUGCAUUUUUCCCCAGGCCCUGAUGUGAAAGAAUUAGCAGCAGGCUUUCUUGUUACCUAAUGUUCACAAAAAUGUGCUUGUGGUUAUCCACGGGGGAAAUGGAAGCCAACUCCAAAAGCAAGAAAAAAGAGUUCUCUGGAUAAAACACCUCCAUCUUAAAAAAAAAAAAGUGCAUCUCCUUUCUGAAUUGUUCAGGAAAUACUAAAGUGACUGACAUGCCAGAAAGCUGUAAAUAACUGGCUUCUUUAUCAAGAUACCUGUGGAAAACACCUAAUUGCCUCACUGGCUGCCCUGCUGGUCUUGACUUGAUUUCUGACCCAGCUGCAGUGGGGGAAGCCAUUGCACUCGCUGCCUUGACUACAGCAUUGGGUCCUGCUGGUUUCCACUUGGGACUGAGGAGCAGGAACGUAAUGGUUCCAGCUGCUUCAAUCAGCUUCAUAAAUCUGUCCUCAUUUACACACCUAUGAAGUCUGAAGCCUUAGAAUGGUUUCCCUUCCUUCUGCAGGGUGCCAGGAGACCUGGUGCUGAAAUUUAGCCUGCAGAGGUGUCAGCCUUGUAUUAGAGUUGGUGUUUUUGUGACACAGUGGGACACAUGUUGGUCUUGUGUAACUUGUCCAAGGUUCCCCGAGUCCUGACAUCCAGAGAGGGGCAAGGCAACACUCCCCACCCUGGGAAGGAACUCUGUGAUGGGGUAGCACUGCACCUGCCAGUCAUGGCCUGCCAUUUGCAGGGCCCAGGAGCCUGGAACCACAGACUCUCCCAGUGUGAGGCUCUGCUACUGCAGCUCCCUCCCCAUCCCAGUGUGAAGCCAAGCCUGUGAUUUCCAGGCUUGGUUGAGGGGAAAUGCACGGAGUCUUUACACACCGAAAUAUUGAUGAGUAUCUUGCUCUUGCCUUUUGUGCAAAAUGCCACUCAAGGCACUGUGCCAUCCUCUCUGCUGAGCUCACAGCAUCAGCCCACGACAAGAAAGGUCCCAGAAAACAUUGACUCACUGCAUCCCAGCAUCCUGCCAGGGGAUGUGUCUGCAGUGAGAUCUCCUCAGCUGGAGCGAAGUUCAAUGGAAUGGAUCACUGUGAGGCUGUUUUACCUUCCCUGAGUGUGCUGCCACCUGUGCUGCCUGCCAGGACAAGGGCUGGGGGGCACUGGGAUCGCUGCCAGUGCUGGGCAGGACGCAGCUGGAGCUGGGGGUUUGCAUGUGCAGGAGGAGCUUUCUGGAGAAGCUUUCAGAUGAAAUUGCUGAGAAUUUUUGCCUGAAGCAAGGGAUGUUUCCCAUGUUUAAGACAAGCAGUAACCUGCAGUUAGAAGGAAGAAGGGACUGAAUUCACUCCAGAAGUAUUUCUCCAGGAUCUUUUUUUCAAGGAGGCAAAAUGAUGGUUCCUGCCUUGAACUGGAAGGUUUUUAAUUGGCACGGUUUGAAGAAAUGUUGGUGAAAGCAAGAGAAAGGAGAUAGGUUUUUUAAGGAUCUAUCUGAAUGGCACCUGAACAACCAGUUUAUUGCUGUUGAAAACUAUUUGUGGAGAGACCAGAGGAGAGGUCCUUGUCCCAGCUGCAGGAAAAACCUUAUUUAAGGGACCAAGAAAGAAGACAAAGAGGAGAAGGUGAGAUGGUCCCAGGAGGCUCUGCUUUCAGCAUAUGUCGUUUUCCGAGGCUUCUCUGUGCCGAGUGCUUCUGUGUCCCAUCUGCUACCACACCCUGAAAUCAAACUCGGCAGCUUAGGUGCACCAGGCACUGUACAAACAUGUCAGACUUGCCUCCACCCCUUUUUCUACUCCCGCUUUUUCCUGCCGUCUUUCUCUCUCAAGUUUAUCGGCGUGUCAGCGGAUUCUGGUGGCGGAGCAUUCCCACCUCACCUCUGGGCACAGAGCAAUGAGGAGUCAGGGGUAAGUGCCCUCCUGCAGAUUUGGGCAUGGACAUUGACUUGCUUGCUUUAAAGCCAUAACAGCCAUCCUAAUGGCCGCUGUUCUGUGGGAUUUGUGCCCUGUGUUUACAGAGGACUGGGUUUGUCAGUUUGAACUAACGUCUCCACUCCCCAGUGGCUGUGCUGCCUUGGCUUAACCCCUUCCCUUCGGAGCUGAGCCGUGCCACGGAUCGGUGUAACGAUCGCACGUGUGUUGGCAGUGCCAGCCUGGGGCGAAGGGAGAGCAGAAUAGUUCGAGGGGUCAUACAGUUUUUUCUCUCAAGGGAUGGUUCUGAACGGGAAGAAAAACCGGGAGCUGGAUUCCUUUGCGAAGGAGUUUACUUCAUCUUUGCUCCUACAGCCCAGCAACACUGUCCUCCAAUCGGCUUUGCUGCAUGACAGUGGGAGAGUUUGCCUCCAGACCCUUCUUGCUCCUCUCCCUUGGAAUUGUCCACCACCAGCAUUGUUGCAACAGGACUGCCAGACACUAGUGCUUUAAUGCAUUUGGGGACAGAGCACUGAAAAACAGAAGAGAAAUUUGUGUUCCUCCGGUCCUGUAGGAAGAGUUCUCCUCCUCUCCCUCCCCUCUCGGAGCUGGCCAGAGCAGUUUGGCGGAUGAGCUGCGGGAGGACUUGGAAAUGAUGGGACCGGCUUUGCUGAGCCCGGGGCCGGAGCGUUCCCUCCGGUCCGGGCGGGAGGAAUGUAGGGAGCUGUGUCCAGAUCCGCGAUAGCGGCGCGAGGAGCCGAUGAGCGUCAUGUUCCGCAAGAAGAAGAAGAAACGCCCGGAGAUCUCGGCUCCGCAGAACUUUGAGCACCGUGUCCACACCUCGUUUGACCCAAAGGAGGGCAAAUUUGUGGGCCUGCCCCCCCAAUGGCAGAACAUUCUGGACACGCUGAGGCGCCCCAAGCCAGUGGUAGAUCCUUCGAGGAUCACGAGGAUGCAGCUCCAGCCCAUGAAGACUGUGGUACGGGGCAGCACUGUGGAAGUGGAAGGCUACAUCUCGGGGCUGCUCAACGACAUCCAGAAGCUCUCUGCCAUCAGCUCGAACACCCUGAGGGGCAGGAGCCCCACCAGCAGGAGGAGAGCCCAGUCCCUGGGGCUCCUCGGGGACGAGAGACCCCCGGACAUGUAUCUCCAGAGUCCUGAAGCAGACUGGGCAGACAAGUAUGGGAACUACCUCAGCUGCAAUGGUGGCUCCAAGGUGGCCCGGAGGCAGACCAUGUGGCCGGACUACAAAGCCCGGCUGGAAGGCCAGUCCCAUCCCAACGGGAUGGUGACAAAAGCGCAGUCCCUGGGCCCGGCGGAGUUCCAGGAUGCCGACGGCAGCUGCCUCCAGCGCACCCCUGCUGUGCCGGGGGACAGCGACACCGGGCCGAGGAGCCCGGAGGAGGGCUGGGCCCAGCGAGCAGCCGGCUCCAGGCCCUCGGGGGAGGGCAGCCCCAGCUCCAAAUCCCGGGAGAACAGCCUCAAGAGGAGGCUGUUGCGCAGCGUUUUCCCCUCAUCCAGCGCCUCAAACAAGCCGGGCUCUUCCCUGCAGAUCAAGCCUAACGCUUUCUUCAGGCCCCAGCAGUGGGGCUCCCCGCGCAGCCCUGCAGCCAAAGCCCAGUCUCUCCCGCCAGAUCCGCCCGCCUCCGAUUUCCCCAGGGGGGUCUCAGAAGCCGAGACCCCCCAGAAGUCGCCGCCAGUGGAGAAGGUGGCGGCAGUGCCCCUGAGCCGGCCCUCGCCAGCCGGGUCCCCCCGCAGCCGGCACACCCAGACCAGCUCCAGCAACCUCCACCUGCCCCCGGACUCUGCUGGGAAGGGGCAGCCGGCCGGCGAGGACCCCAUGGUGGUGACCCACGAGCAGUUCAAAGCUGCCCUGAGGAUGGUCGUGGACCAGGGGGAUCCGCGGGCGAUGCUGGAGAACUACGUCAAGAUCGGGGAGGGCUCCACGGGCAUCGUGUGCAUCGCGCGGGAGAAGCACUCGGGGCGCCAGGUGGCCGUGAAAAUGAUGGACCUGAGGAAGCAGCAGCGCCGGGAGCUCCUCUUCAACGAGGUGGUGAUAAUGAGGGACUAUCAGCACGUCAAUGUCGUGGAGAUGUACAAGAGCUACCUCGUGGGAGAGGAGCUCUGGGUGCUGAUGGAGUUCCUGCAGGGGGGAGCCCUCACAGACAUUGUGUCUCAAAUCAGGCUGAACGAGGAGCAGAUUGCCACGGUGUGUGAGUCGGUGCUGCAGGCUCUGUCCUACCUCCAUGCCCAGGGGGUCAUUCACCGGGACAUCAAGAGUGACUCCAUCCUUCUCACGCUGGAUGGCAGGGUCAAACUCUCAGAUUUUGGCUUCUGUGCUCAGAUCAGUAAAGAUGUACCCAAGAGAAAGUCCCUGGUGGGUACUCCCUACUGGAUGGCUCCAGAAGUCAUUGCCAGGAUACCAUACACCACCGAGGUGGAUAUCUGGUCCCUGGGGAUCAUGGUGAUAGAGAUGGUGGAUGGAGAACCCCCCUACUUUAGUGAUUCUCCAGUCCAGGCAAUGAAGAGACUCCGAGACAGUCCUCCUCCCAAACUGAAGAACUUCCACAGGACCUCCCCAGUUCUGAGAGACUUCUUGGAAAGGAUGUUGACACGGGAUCCAUUGGAAAGAGCAACAGCACAAGAACUUCUGGAUCAUCCCUUUUUGCUCCAGACAGGACUUCCAGAGUGUUUGGUGCCCCUUAUCCAACAGUACAGGAAGCGCACCUCCACCUGCUGACUCUGCCUGAGGGGAAAUUGUGGGGAAAAAGGAAUGUUUAUAAAAAAAAGAAAUCUAAAAAAUGAAGAGCCCAGGUGGUUUCAUCCUGUGAAUGGUGCUUGAAAAUUGUCAGCGAUGGUUUUAGAGGAUGAGUGUGAAUCCUGUCCGUGCAUUUGCAGCCUUCUGGGGCUUCUCCUUUGCUGAAGACAAUCAACACAGACUGGAUCCAGGUGAGACCAAGGAUAAAGCGGGUAUUCCAUGCCUUGGGAAUCACUGCUGCUGGAGGAUGGCGUUUGAAGCGGAGUCUGAAGUUGUGUAUCUGAAUGUCUGUGAGUUCUGCACACCUUGGCUGCUGACCACUGAACUGGAAUGAUGUCUCCCAGUUAGAAAUGUGAUCUUUGCUUCCUUCAUUCUACACUGGAGUCCUGUGCUGACUCAUUUUGGGGCACAGACCCCUUUAAACUGUCAAACAAUGCACAAAGACUUGAAUUUUUUUCCUCUGAGACUUUUUCACAGGCAAUUUUAAUUUCCUUGGGUUAAAUGUGGACCUGGAAACCUGCCCACACUUCCCUCGGGAGUGAUGUGAUAUGUAUAUAUUUGUUUCUAAGUGGCUCUCUUGCAUCAACAGGCUUCUCUUUUGCUGCGGAAUGUGUAUGGUUUAGUGGUCAAUCUUGAAUCCAUUUCAUGAUUUUAAGCUUCUGGAAACCCUUGAACACAGGCCUCCAGGUGGACUCUGUGAAGACCAGGUGCUCCCACCACCAGGUCCUUGUGGUUGACAAUUCACCACGUGCAAGACCUCUGGUGCUGGCUGGGGCGUGAGCAGCCUGCUCCUGGGGCUGCUUUCCAGGCGCCUUUCUUUCCCAGCUCCUUCUCCCAGGAGAGGCUGAGAAAUGCUGCCCUGAGGCAGCUGUUGGGUGGCAUUUUGGGGAUGCUGUAGGAGACAGAAUGGAAAAGUUUGAGCUGUGCUGCACAUCCCAGGAUUGAUCUCUGUGUUCAUGGGAGGUGUUUGUCCAACCUCCAUCUCCCUGCAGGACGUGGGGAGACACCUCUGCUGUCUGGCUGUCGGUCUGCCCUUCCCCACCAGCCCUUGGCAUCUGAAAGGUUUCUGGUUGUCUAAACAGCUCUUUGAGUUCUUUUAACAUAGUUUUAGGUAUUUUGUGUGCUACACUCUCUGGUCAGUGAGAUCCUCAAGGUAAUUGGACUCUAGGUCAGGAUUAACAUUGUACAGUGACGGUGUGUGGUGUUGUGAGGUCUCAAGAAUAUGCUUUUGCAUGUGGAACUGGGAUUUUGUUUUGAAACUCCACAUGCAAAUGUACUGGAAUUUAAGUUAUUCUCGGGACAGUCCUUCUGUGCCAGAAACUAACCUCAGAAUUGCAUUUUCUUCAGAAGAUGUUCAUAAUCUCUGUCCUCUGCUAUUUGCUCCAGUUACAGAUCCUGCUUCAAAAUUGAAGCCACAGUUGAUUACUUGAAGUAAUUUGGGACGGAAUUGAUCUGCACUGAUGCCAUCACAGGGUGGGCACCCAGUCUGUGGAACGUGUAGGUUGGCUCUGUAUCUGUGGGGAGGGAACACCUGGUGAGGGUGGCUCACCCCCUUGUCUCAGACACCUGCUGAAGGAUGAAAUCACUCUCUCCCUCACCUGUGGCAGGUAGAGGGGUCACAGGGGGUUUGCCUAGACUGGAUGUCGAAGUUUGGGGCUGAUGGAGUUGAUUGAAAUUAAUUCAUUUAGCUCCUCCUUAGCUGCACUGGAAAGUUUUUGACUUAAAAUGUUUAUGUAUUUCAGAUAUAUUACUUUUUUUUUAAUGCAAAAGAGCAGGGCUUGGAAAAGAUUUAUAAUUUGAAACAAACACUCCUGCUGGUCUGUAGUUGUGAAUCCUUUGCACUUGUGUUUUAAAUUAAAGUAGAUCUUGAUUUAUUCAUAA